CAUCCUCCCCCUAUGGCACGGACGCGCACACACCCGCUCAAUAUUAGAGAAUACAGACUAGCUUUCCGCACAUACAUCAUUAUAUAGAUAGGCUGAAUCACAGCGUCACAUAAUUACAUGUGUCUGAAUUAUUUUUCCCCUGGACAUUGAUGUAUCUGCCUCUAAGGUCGCCGUAGCGGUCCACCCGAUCGUUAUCCGUUUGGUUUUCCUCCUUCCUGCAUCCAAAGACUGAUCCGACAAGAUGGCUGAGUUGAAUUUGGGGAAGGGGCUGACUGCUGGGAAAGUGGCCAGCAACGUUCAGAAAAAACUAACCAGAGCCCAAGAAAAGGUUCUCCAGAAGCUCGGCAAAGCUGAUGAGACCAAAGAUAUUGCCUUUGAGGAGGAAGUUAUCAACUUCAACAAACAAUAUGCUGAAGGCAGCAAACUGCAGCGGGAUCUUAGAGCGUACCUGGAGGCAGUGAAAGCCAUGCAUGAGUCCUCCAAGAACCUGCAGGCAUGUCUGGGUGACAUGUAUGAGCCAGAGUGGUAUGGCAAGAGUGAAGUGGAUUCCAUUUUGGAGGACUGUGAUGUGCUGUGGACCGAUUACCACCAGAAGCUGGUUGAUCAUGCUCUCAUCUCCAUGGAUACUUACCUGGGCCAGUUCCCUGAUAUCAAGGCUCGCAUAGCUAAAAGGGACAGGAAACUGGUCGAUUAUGACAGCGCCAGGCACAACUAUGCUGCUACGCACAAGACUAAGAAAAAGGACGGGGCAAUUAAAAUUACCAAGCCCUCCUCAUUGCUGGAGAGGGCCACUCCAGGCUGGGCUCAGGGUAUCCUGUCUGCACACAACAUUGCCCAGAGCAGUCUGUCCAGAAGCCAGGCUGAGGAGGAGCUGGAGCGAGCUCAGAAGGUGUUUGAGGAGAUUAAUAUUGACUUACAAGAGGAGUUACCUUCAUUGUGGAACAGUCGUGUUGGGUUUUACGUCAGCACCUUUCAGAGUUUGGCUGGUUUCGAGGAGAAAUUUCACAAGGAAAUAAGCAGGUUGGAUCAGGAUUUAUAUGAUGUCUUGGUGAAAUUGGAGCAGACAGACAUAACCAGUGGUGAUGAACCAUCUAACCACACUCUCAGGCCAGGAGGACCACCCCCAAUUCCCAAAUCUCCAUCCAAGCUAAAACCAGCAGUGCCUCCUCCACCCAAGGUGACCCCAUCUAAGGACCUGAAAACAGAGAACAUCAUUAAUUUUUUUGACACUGCAUCUACUCCUGGUAUCAGUGUCAUCUCCCCUACAGAGUUUGACAGUCCCGCAGUGAGCAGCCUAUUGGACAUGGACCUGGACUCUUUCAAUGCAGCAACCAAAGCCUCCACAGUCAUACAGCCUGCAAACUGGGAUUCAUGGCCUGAGGACAGUGGUGCCCAGGAAGAGGAUGCCCAGUGUCACUAUGACCCUGUGGCUGCUGCUGCGGAGGCCUGGGGGGAUGAUGGUUUGCACCCAGUCUGCUAUGACCCCAUAGCAGCUGCCACAGAGGGCUGGGGUGAUGAUGGAACCCAACCAGUCCACUAUGAUCCUGUGGCUGCGGCUCAGGAGGGAUGGGAGGAUGAUGGGAGGCAGCCGGUUGAUUACGACCCUGUGGCUGAAGCCCAGGAGGGCUGGGGCGAUGACGGGAUCCAGCCAGUCACAGAUGUUCCUGCCACUGAGGAUGAAACACCUGCAGCUGAGGCUCCAGCUGACACUGCUGAGGAAGAAGCCACCCCUGCUGCUGCUGCUACGUUGGAUAAUGAAGAGGGUCAGGGUGAAUCUGCAGCAGCUGCUGCAACAACAGCAGAAGAAGCAGCGACAGGGGAGACACCUGCAGUAGUAGAGGAAUCGACUGAAGCAGCAUCAGAGCCUGCAGAAAUGCCCCCUGGUUUCAUGUUCAAGGUCCAAGUGAUGCAUGACUAUGCUGCCAAUGACACAGAUGAACUGGAGAUGAAGGUUGGAGAUGUGGUGCUAGUAAUCCCCUUUGACAACUCCGAUGAACAGGAUGACGGCUGGCUGAUGGGAAUAGAGCAAACUGACUGGCAGCAGAACAAAGAAAAUGCCACUAAAGGCGUAUUCCCUGAAAACUUCACUCAGAGGCUGUGAAAGAGGAGGAUGUCAUUCCAGCUUCUUUCUUCAUGUCUCUCUUCCUGUUGCCUCUAUCCUACAUUCCCUCUUUUGCCCUGAUACUGUAUCUUUACUAGGACUUUGGCCAUAGAAGCAGAGCUAUGACAGCCCUGGCUGAAACCAUGCAUUUCUAAAAUCUGCUACACUGUGCUAAAAGUGGAUCUUGGCAUUGCUGUGGAUUUCUGCCAACAUUUACAAAUUACACAUGUAGCCAUUUCACAGGUCCUGGUUUGUCUUAUUAUGUUGCUUCUCCACAUCAGAGGAACUGAUUAGAGAAUCCUGUUCAUACAGGCUUGAUGCAGGGGGUGUGUGCGUGUGUGGGUGGUGGGGUCCCUCUACAAUGGCUGCCACUGUAACUGCAUUGUAUUAUUUUAUUAUUAGUCAUGUCUCAUCAUAAAGUCUCUCAAGCAUCUACCACCACAAGAACAGAGCAAAUGUCUUUUGAGAUGCGCUUUUGUUCAUGUGAUGCUGAAAGACAGAAUUUAUUAAGUGUAGCAGAGCAUCUCUAACACGCACUGUUUCAUAAAGGUUGAGAGGGUGUGAUUACUAAAACCGAGCUUAAACACAGUGAUACACACUCAGUAGAGUUGGCAUUAAGUUUUUAGAAACAUUCCACUCCUAGCUGGCAACAUCUCUGUCAAACUGCAGAAGGACCUUUGAGCACACAAGGUGCCAAGGUCUAAUCGGCUAACUGCUCAUCUUUAAUUACUCCUGGGGUUCUCUGAUUGGUCAUCACACUCCUGACACAGUGACUUUUGAACACAUCCAGCCCAGUACCCAAUCCUACUUUAAUCAUCAAUCUGUGAAGCGUAGGCCCUUGGUUGUUGAAUUACUUUUGAUUUUAUGGUGGUAUUGUAGUGUGAAGCUGUUGUUCAAAAUCUAAAUAAAUAUGCAGUUCACUGGUCAUCAGACACCAGCCUAACUAAAGUAACAGCAAGAAUUCAGUUCAAAAUAUUUAAACCGAUACAGACCUAUACAGUAGAAAAAAAACAUGACAGUUAAAAAGAUUUUUGACUAUCAUGUUUUUUAUUCCUUGUUAUUUACAUUAAAGUUGUCAGACGUUAUGUGGAGUGGGCAUGUAAACACAUCACAGUGGAUUCCAAAUAUGCAUUAGCCAGGCUUGCUAAUCAGCUAGCCACUAAUCUUACAGCAACGAGAAGCUGCUACUGGUAGUAUAAGAGCUAGGCAACACACCCGAACACUAAUGACUAUGUGAUAACUGAGCCACAGCCUCAUUUGCUUUUAAAAAAGUGUCAUAAACAAUUCCUUGGGUUUUGCAUAGAGACAACUUAAGUGAAAUGCAGAUGAUUCAGAAUAUGCACCAGAACAACUACUUUUAUUUUUAUAUGCUGGUAAGCAAUGACUACAUAUAGCCUGAUGGAAGUCAACAUAGUUGCCAACUGAAGAUGCUGUGGAGCAUUUUGUACUUCUGUCAGGUUUACGCCUCUUGACAUAGCUGCACACUGCAAGUAGUUUGAACUAUCUCACGUUCAGUCACUGACUGAAGAAAUUUCACAUGACUAACAUGUAUUAUGUGUGAGAGAAAAUAUACGUAUGUAUGUGUGAUUGUAUGUGUGUGAUUAUGAGUUGUUGAAAACAAAUUCUUUAUCUAUAGGCUAUUGUUAUUGGAUGAUAUUACCAGGGGAUGAGGUCGUCCUUUUUACAGGGAGCUUUUCUGGCUGGGCAGUGACAAUUCAAACGUAUUCAGGACUUUAUCCACUGGCUGGUAUUAUGGUUCCAGGUGUUAAUGUGCAUUUGUUGUGUAUAAGUGUAAUUUUGCCAAGCUGUGAUGACGGAUACAUAUUCUAUAAAGACAUUCAUAUCUGUAUGUGAGUUACUGUGAGCAUGCUGUCUUCCCAUGUGUUGUUGUGUGAACACCAUUGAUUUCAAACAGUGAUGCUUGGGUCACUUUGAGGCAGUUGAAAUAGGCAAUUUAAAAAUAUAUAUAUUAUUUAUUUUCUUAAUCUUAGUAAGGGGGUGGUAGACAGUUACAUGAUGUAUGUUUGUCCACCUUUCACCCUAAAUUUGUCCUGAUUAUAAUUGCUGGUUGUUCAUCACCCUCGCCUCAAAAUGUUACCAGGGUAUCAUGCUCCAGAGUUAAACGUGAUCACAUGGAGACACAUAGAUACAUUUCAAACCACCAGACUCGGUAAGUAGACUACUCAGCAUGUACCACUAGUACAAAAACAUUUACACUAUACAGGUGGAUGAAUUUUCUAAUGGUUUUCAAUAUUUUAACCUUUUGAGAUGUGCAUGAAUUUUUUCACGUGUAGGCUAUUUAAAAAGCCUCAGGUGAGAAUAUCAUUUGCACAUUUCAGUAAACAAGUCACACAUUUUGUUUUUAAAUUUUAUGUAUAACUUGGUGAGUGUUUUACCUGGGUCUGGUUUUCUAUCUGUGUUUAUGCAUCAGCCUCCGUCAGUGAAAUAUGGGAUAUGACAAAAGGUUUCCCCCAUAGCUAACUGACUAAUAAUAAUAAA